AUGGCAGAAGUAUCGAGUGCCACCAAGAGAACUACCUCUAGCUCGGUGUUCGUCAACGGCUGGACAUAUAUCUUUCUGAACCGGCCAGAUACCGACUACAUCGACUUUUUCAAAUUCAAGAGACCCGCGGAUGCGAAGAACUCGCGAGGUGAAUGCGGCGCAAAAGAUGGAAGGCUCGAGGCUAGACCAGGGCCUCUCUCAGCACUCGUCUUCUCGGACAACUCAAUCAGACUGUACUAUACUGGACCUGGUAAGGCCGGAGGGGAUCCUGUUCUCAGAGAAGCCAAGCUCGCCAACGCUGGCUCUGACAAUGCGGAUCCCUCGAAGGAUUGGCUGAAACCGGGUCCAGCUAACAAAGAAUUGGCUUUUGAGAGCGACAUCGGGUGGAAAACUCGAACCAUCGAUGCUUUAUCAUUCGUUUCUGCCUCCACGAGGAUUGACGAGGACCAGAACAACAAAGCAGUCGCAUCUGUGACAUACAAGGCCGCCGGCGACGAUUACUUCCAGUAUACGUACCAAAGUAAGAACGGAUGGGCUAGUCUCAAGCUAUAG